AUCAUAAUUGGGACCAGUUUUGCUGUGGGGGCAAGUAGACAUGGCUUGGCUGGAGGAUGAUGACUCUGUUCAAGUUUCAUGUGAACUCGCUGUCCGGGACAUCUCUGUUCCUUUUAAGCAAGAUGUCCCGUUGAGAGCAAUAGAAUAUGAUUUUGGGUGGCUAAGUGGUGAAGAUGGGUCAGUCCACCAAAAUAAUGCCUCCAUGAUUGAGAUGUUGAUCUUGUAACUAUUGUGAGCAAAAUUCCUCUAGGACCACCUUCCUACUCGUGUGUGUGGGUCUACCACCUCCACCUAACUGUUAAAAACUCUAAUUCCCAUCUUAAACCCUUGCCCACAUCGUGUCUCAUCACCCCACUUUCAGUACCGCCCUGGAAUCGAAAUCCAAC